AUGCAACCCCGUAAAUGGCUUUGGCUAUUUUUCCUGGCUGUUUUCGUGGCUAUCCAGAAAACAGCCAGUGCCCUCGACGUCGAGAUCCAAGACCCAGAAUCUAUCAAGCAAACCGCAAGGAUCGUGGCCCAUAAUAUGAUGGCGCACUACGACGGCAACAAACCGGGCAGUAUCCCAGGCAAUAUACCCGACGCCUGGUGGGAGGGCGGUGCUCUCUUCAUGACCUUAAUCCAAUACUGGUAUUGGACCGGCGACCCCACCUACAACGAAGUGACGGCACAGGGCAUGCUCUGGCAGCAGGGCGAUAGGAACUAUUUCUUCCCGCGAAACUGGAGCGUAUAUCUGGGUAAUGACGACCAGAUGUUCUGGGGCACGGCGGCUAUGACUGCUGCAGAGUUGAACUUCCCAGAAAUCGAACAAGGACAGCCGUCAUGGCUUUCGCUCGCGCAGGGGGUGUUCAAUACUCAGAUUCUGAGAUGGGAUAGGACCGUUUGUGGUGGGGGCAUGAGAUGGCAAAUCUGGCCGUACCAGGUCGGGUAUACGACAAAAAAUGCGAUUUCGAAUGGCGGGCUGUUUCAACUUGCUGCCAGGCUAGGAAGAUAUACCAAGAAUGAGACGUAUAUUCGGUGGGCGGAGAAAAUAUGGGACUGGAGUGCGAGAACGCCGCUGCUUGGAGACGAUUGGGUUAUUGCUGAUACAACGAGCAUGGAGCAUCACUGCUUAGAUCACGGGGAUCAGCAAUGGACGUAUAAUUAUGGGGCUUAUUUGAGUGGGGCAGCGUAUAUGUAUAACUUGACCAACGGUGGUCCGAAGUGGAAAGCCGGUAUUGACGGCUUGCUGGGAACGGUCUGGGGAACGUUCUUCCCCGGUGGAGCUGCCAUGUCGGAGGUCUGGUGUGAGAUCUCAGAGACUUGUGACAGGAAUGAAGAUCUAUUCAAAGGCCUCCUCUCGUCUUGGCUGACCUUUGCAGCCACCAUUGCACCAUAUACUGCGGACGCUAUCAUCCCCCGAAUUCAGCAAUCUGCCAUCGGAGCAGCCGGCCAGUGCUCGUACGGGAGAAGCUGUGGCCGACGUUGGAACCUCGACGACUGGGAUGGCAGCGCAACAAUGCAGUCUGAUAUGAGUGCCUUGAGCGUUCUUUCUUCGUCAAUGGCGACCUUCAGACAUGGAGCUCAGCCAUUGACCCCCGAGACUGGAGCUACUAGUAAGAGCAAUCCGAAUGCCGGUACAAGUGAGGACAGAAUACCGGAUCAACCACGUCCUAUCACAGCUGGUGAUCGCUUUGGUGCAAUCGUUGUGACUCUGGUGUUUCUCGCUGUCUGGCUGAAAGGCCUUAGCUGGAUGGUUUUGGAGGAUAAAGACGAAGAUUAA